CGAGUGAAUAUUUUCAACGCCUCAACAGCAACCAGCGACGACAACAAAACGCGCAAGUCGUGCAACCAAGUGGAAAUCCUAUUUAAUAAACACUUUUGUGCGUUCAACUUCCAUCAACAGCAGUCCACGCGCACCCAUCCACCUAUUAAGGCACUCAACGCAGACAACGCCGCGAAUUUCCAUCGUCCAUACAACUAGAGACCAACGCGCAGACAGCCAGGCAGUGAGACAGUUGAGCGCACGUGGGCAAAGCGUCUCGAACUGAACAGCACGGCACUGUUCGGUUAACUCGCAUUCCUCUGUCAAUAUUAGCGCUAUAGCAACUGCUGGGUGUGGGCGAUACUGCGCCCCGCCACCGGAGCCUAAAACUAGCACCCUGAAUUUCUCAUCGUUCAAAUCAAGCUUUACUUCUAAUGUUAAUUUCCUGAAGAGAAGAUUUAGCUCGGGAGACUUGUCUUCCGAGCACGACGAUGUCGAUCCCAGUCAACUGCCGCCUGCUGCGCGACCCAUUCAGGAUCAGCCAACGAAGCCGCCAAUUAGCAGUGGCGGCCCACCGAAUAUGCCACCACCACCAGCGCCGGGUGUGCCAGCAGCUGGUGCACCCGGUGCCGCUGGUGGUCCGGAAUUGUCGUUGAGUUUCGGUGGUGGCAAAACAGCAGCACCAGCACCACCGCGUGGCGUUAGCGCGCCCACCAGCCCGGCGAAGUCGCGUGAAAGUUUGCUACAACGCGUGCAAAGUUUGACGGGUGCAGCGCGCGAUCAAGGCGCUUCCAUAUUGGGUGCUGCAGUGCAAAGUGCCACACGAGCGCCGACCUUCAACAAGGACAAGUACUUCACGUUGCUUGUACUCGACGACCAAAACACCGACUGGUCGAAGUACUUCCGUGGCAAACGGCUGCAUGGUGACUUCGAUAUACGCGUGGAGCAGGCAGAAUUCCGGGAUAUUUCGCUCACCGCCAGCGCCGAAACUGGACCCAUCAUUUCCAUGGCCGUCUAUCGUGGCGGCACCAGGGUGGCCCGCUCAUUCCGACCGGACUUUGUGCUGAUACGUCAACCACCACGCGACGGCUCCAAUGACUUUCGCUCGACUAUUAUUGGGCUGAAGUACGGCGGAGUGCCCAGCAUUAACUCGUUGCAUUCAAUCUAUCAAUUUCAGGAUAAGCCUUGGGUAUUUGCGCAUUUGUUGCAGUUGCAACGUCGCUUGGGACGUGACGCCUUUCCAUUGAUUGAGCAAAACUUCUUUCCCAAUGCCAGGGAUUUGGUAAGUGAAUUGAGAAUUUAAUUACUAAAUGAUUUCAGUAAAAACAAAAAACUCAAAUUUUGGAGUAUUUGUACAACUACGAAUGUGGCUUUAUUACAAUAAAUACAAAUAACAGUUAAUAAUAUUGUAUAUAAUUAUGUACAUGCAUUUAAGCUCUAGGAAUGAAAAAAAAAAAACAUUUUAAAUGGUGAAGUGGGAAGAGUGAAAGGAAAUGAAGUU